AAAGGGGCACUGGAUUGGGUGGUUUGUCUGAGAAGGAAAAGGAGAGGCUUCCUCUUCGGCUUGCUCGUAGCAGAACGAGAAGAGAGUUGAUUGCUGAGAAGUCGAAGACGGCAACACACUGAAAGGAGCAGACGCGAGAGAAGAGAGAGAGUGAGAGAGAAUCAGGAGCUCACUUCGGGAGGCCAGCUACUUCACCAAAAAGGUUGGAGAGAGAAGGGUGAACCAAAAGUGUACUGUAUCAAAUCCCAUUUCAGUGGUGUUGCUGUAAUCGAGGAAAAGUCAGUGGAAAAGAGAUCCUUCGGACAUCAGAACAGGGACUGCGGGCGUUGACUCGAGGAAGAAUGGGAGCAGAAGGACUCCAUCUAUUCAGAUUGUUGAAGAGACUGUGGCGGGAAUAGGAUCCAUUUUCUAGUGAAUAGAGCUUUUGCCCCACAUCACCUUGUAGCAGUUCUUGUAGAAGGAGCCGUUUUGAAAAAGGAGGUUUGGGGAAAUCAAGGGAAAAAUUGGGAGUUGCUUCUUUUAUUUGAGAGGAUUUGGUAUGACUUUUCAUAUUUAUCAGGAAAAGGGAGCCAUUACCAGGAAACCUUCAAAGGAGUAGGUUUUGGAAACUAAAAUCCUAGGUUUGAGUGCCCAUUUCAAACAAAACCUUGACUCAGUUGGUUCACUGAUAUGGACAAAGAGGCUGCUGGGACUUCACGAGAAUCUCUAGAUUUGGCAUUUCACAUGUCGAACAUCCUUGACACGGGGCUUGAUUGCCACACCCUUUCAGUUCUCAUUGCACUCUGCGACCUGGGUGUGAACCCAGAGGCAUUGGCUGCUCUUGUCAAGGAGUUCCGAAGAGAGCCUUCUUCCUCGGUCAUGCUCACUCUGCCAUCAUCUGUUCCCUAAAGGGUUUAAUGGUAUCUUCUUCUAACCCUGAAAGCGACAGAUAAAAUUCUUGUGCUUUGCCUUCUGAGCUGUUUUCAUAUGUGUUGCAUUUACCGGUUUAUGUCUCAACAUCAUCUCAGUAGUCAAUUUGUUUAUGAACUGAUAUUCUGGUGAAUGAUCAUACUAUGUGAAAGUAGUAUUCUUUUUUCUGGGUCUAA